AUGGCACCUUCUCUUUCGCAGAUCAUGCAGACUGCGUACGUGCGCAUCACGAUGUGCGAGAAAGCCUUCGAGCAGAUGGAACUGAGCAAGAAGUACCGUAACAUGUAUCUGUAUCAAGUCUACGCGUUCUCACUCGUCGUGGUGAUAUUCGUCAUAUUCGUCGUUCUCAAUUACGACAUGAUGAUCCAACGUGACAAGAUGCCCUUUCACGUUCAAUUCAUCGUCAUGUUCAUCGCACACUAUCCCAUUGCUCUACUCUACGUGGCUGACAUAUCGUUCCUACACUGGGUCAGAUACUCGAAGAUUCGAUUCAAGCAAUUGAACGGUCUAUUGCAACGCAUGCUGACGACCACACCCGACUCGCCGCAGCACAAGAGGGUGCUGAAGAUGAAGGACGAGUGGAACAAGUCCUUCGUCUCAUCCGCGCAACAGAAGGAGAACAGGACUAAGGAAAACGUCGACACGAUGAGGGCCGUCAAACAAGUCCAUCUCGAAUUGAUCAAAUGCAUCAGAACGGCGAACGAGGCGUACGGCGUGCAAAUCCUCCUCUCUAUGACAGUGUCGUUUGUGUUCAUCACUGCUCUCCUUUACAACGGCUACAAGAUUUACUGGGUCCAGAUAACGAAAUAUGAAAUGCGACGGGAGAUGGCAUCGAUCGCAUGUUGGACUUUGUUUUACGCGUCCAAGGUCUUCAUUAUAAAUCAUAUGUGCGCGUUAGCAAGCCUCGAGAUACGGGAUUUCACACUGCAACUGAUACAGAACCCUUUGAUCUUCACAGCGUGUGGAUUUUUUACUCUCGAUCAUACGUUUAUUCACGGGGUGAUUGGCUCGAUAACCACGUAUCUCGUAAUUCUUAUCCAAGUCGGAGACAUUGCGUCGGAAACUCCCGAAAACGAUACAAUGUCGUACAACGCAACAAAUUUCACUAGCGCAAACGACAUUCUAUAAGCGCAAAACUCACAUAUAUCAUUAGUUCUUUAAU